AUGGGUAUUCAUGGAUUUUUGGAUUACGUCGAGCGGAAUUGUCAGCAAGCAUGCACGCGAGUGGACCUGGGACAACUCGCUCGAAAGCGACUAAAUAACUCUGGAAAAAGGGGGAGAGCUUUGGUAGGACAAGAUCCUUUAUUGCUUGUAAUUGAUGCCAAUAGCUGCCUUCAUCGUCUAUAUGGCGGGAGCUUCACUGACUGGGUCUGUGGGGGCCAGUGGAACAGCAUGUUCCACUUUAUUGACAACUUGGCCAGGGCAAGCAGGAGCAACAACAUGAAACUCAUCGUCGUCUUCAAUGGGAGCCUUGAGAAAAGUCGGAUUCCCGAGUGGUUAAAACAAGAGACUCAGACCAGAAAUACCGUGGGACAAGUGUUAGGACAUGUUCAUAACAAAGGCACACCCCCUCCCAAAGCCUGGUUUACUCCUCCCGUUGCCUUAGACACAUGCAUUCGCCUGGCCCUGCACCAGUGUGGUAUCCAGACAGUCAACACCUGCAAUGACCAUGCCCAUGAGAUGAUAUCCUACCUGAGGCAGAGUGGCAGCCAUGGCAUCCUGGGACAGUCGGCGGACAUGGCCAUCUUCGAUCCUCCCAUGUUCUUCUCGUCUCAUCGCUUCAAGCUCUCCAUGAAGGGAGAGAUCACCACGCAGCAGUACAACAUGGAGGAGGUGGCCAAGGCACUCAACCUGCAUCCCGACAGAUUUGUCAUCUUCGCAGCACUUCUUGGCAAUCACAUCCUUCUUGAUGAGGAGUUAACUCUGUUCCACUGGUCACUCCUUGGACCUGAUCAUCCUCUUAAUGGACUCAGGAUGAGAGCCCAGCAGCUUGUCCAGCCACCUCUUGAUGCCAUCUUGCCACUGGUGGCGGGCUACGUCCGCAACAUCACCAACAUGUAUGACCUGGAUGCCAUUGGACAAGACGUAUUCCACACAUACAAGGGUUGUAUCGAUGAGAAGAUGCGCCACUUCAAGGCCAGUGUGGAAUUCUACUGGAGAGGGACCAAAGAUGCUUGGAGCAGACACAGGAAAGGACCACGGUUUAACUUCCGAUCCCAGAAACCCAAUAAGGGUUCUGAUAUGCAGAGGAUUGAGAAUGCAAUGGGCAAGGUUUCCAUCGACGACAAAGACCAAGGACAAAAAUCAGAUGACCAGGAUGAGAACUCCGGCAACGGACCAUCCCCCCACCAGAACAUCCCGUCCCUGAUGGAGCAACCUACCCCAGCCUUCCUGCAGGCCUCGGCCCCACCCCUCCCCAUGGUACCCAGGGAGUUGAUCCGCAUUGCCAAACACAGACAUGACCAGGGACAGAUGGCACCGCAAGUCCUUCAGGUUCUCACAUCCGGUGAGAUCAAGUUGAAUUCAAUCUUGGAGGACGAGCUCAGCGGGGAAUUCCCUUGUUCUGUCCAGCUGUACCGUCCCGUUCGUCAGAUGGUGUACGGGAUCCUCUUCAGUAUCUCCCAGAUCAACGAAGACAUGAUGCAGAAGAAUGGCUCUGGAGAUCACCAAGAUCAAGGUCCUCAGAUUUGCGUGAAGGAAUGGUGGUCGAGGCGAGACACGCCCAUUCAGAAACCUGACGUGGUCUGUGCCAUCCCGGCCAAGGACUGGGCACCACCCCCUCUCAUUAAGCUUUGGCUGGGUCGGGAACCCGAAGACAAGGAGUACCGGCUGAGAGCGUUCCUCUCGUGCCUCAGGAGUGAUAUGCCGUCCAUGAUGAAGACACCUUACGUUCCAAAGCACGCCCUCAUCCUCUGCUGUGUGGUCAGAUACUUACUGCACUUCAGCCCUCCAUUGUUCCGUAAACAUGAACUUGAUGCUAUUCUUGCCCAGAGUGUAUCACCGAUACUCAACAACCCUUCAGCCCUUCAAGAGCUCAAGGUACCAAACAUCACAGCCCGUGGAGUCCAGCUAGCUGCUCUGUUCAUGCGUGGUGUUGAGACGGCCAUCUUUGCCAACGACGCGUGUGGUGCCCCCAUUCCCUGGGAUCUGUGCUGCCCGUGGCUCUAUUUCGAUGGCAAGCUGUUCCAGUAUAAGCUUCACAAGGCAAUGACGUGUGGUAGCCUCAAAGAACUCUGUGAUGGAAAGAUGGACCAAGUUGGUAAGGUAGAGCGUAUGAAGCAGGUGAUCCUUGAAGGCGUGAUGCUCAACUUCAGACAUCCCAUGAUUCCUCAGAUGGGCCCCCCUGCAGGACCUCAGUUCCCUGGUCAAGACUUCUAUUACAUGAGACAGGGUGCACCCAUGCAUCCCAUGCACAUGCCUCCCAUGGGAAGAAACAAACGUUCUAUGAAUGCGCGUGGAGGUCAGUUGGAAGUUGCCGGGAUGGUGACGUCACAAUGGGCUGGUAGUGAUGGGUCAAGACCAAGAAGUGGACUGUAUAUCCCAGGGAACCUUGCCCACCCGAGAGGACCAAGACCAAACCAAAGAAUGGGUUGUGGCAAUGGAAUGGGUCCAGGAAUGCACAUGAAUGCUUAUCAAGGACAAGGCCCAAGGAUGUGGGGAUAUCAACAGCAAUCUGGAAUGGAUCAGCAGAGAAGGAACAAGAAGACGAAGAGGAAACCAAAGGAAGGCAAAGAGCGUAGCGGACAAUCGGAACCGGGGCGUGGUCGCGGUGUGACCAUCGAGCAUGACGAACCCCCCGUCGGAGGGGGAAAGAACCAACUGGACGCGGAACAGCUUGGAAACCAAGGAGGUGCGGGCAACUCCGAUUCCACCACCAGUUCACCAUCCAGCUCCGACGAGGAGGGUCUGAUGUACCAUCAGGCGCAGCAAGACAUCAGUGUUUCACCAGGUAAUCAAGGGGACUUUGGUGGCGAGUUCCACAUCGAGGCUGCUGACCUUGAAGGUCAAGGUGAUCCGGUAUCGAGCUACCACGAGGGCGGGUACGACCUCCCCUCCACCACCUCUACCAAGCAAGGUCCAUAUAACGGUGACAGCGUGGGGCUGGAUGAUGCGCACCAGUAACCCACCCUUAUGAACUCUUUAACUGUGAUGAUGAUGAUGACUCAAAGUCAAAAACAAGUAUUAUUCAAUCUUUUUGUAUACAAAAUCAAACGAAAAAGCCAAAAAAAAAAAAUUAAUGUUGUACUAACCGCGUAAAAAUUCUGAAUAGGGCUCCAAGCCAUGUACAGAGGUUUAUUAUGAAAUAAACACUUUUUUUGGACAGUAUUUGUACAGUAUUGUAUGUAGAAGGAGGUUUGAAUGAGAUUCACGCACAAGGCAGCUUGAUAGGGAUUCUUGAGUGGUGUCCAGGGCUGAUCUUCAGCUUUCCUUUCUUUCGUUUUUUAUAAAUUAAUCUUUUCAAUUAUUUAUAUUCCUUUUCAACAGUGACAUGAAUGAUGUCCUGUCUGUCUAGUCGAAGCACAUCUGCACUUAUGGCCAUUCUAUCCCAACCCGAAUUUUGAAGUUCAGCGAUGAGAUCGUCAUCAAACUAUCCAUGCGUGGGAGUCUUACUGUUGAAAUAAGACUUGGAAAUAGAAAUGAAAAUGCUAAGGCCUCCCCCCCCCCCUCGUAAUUAAAUGCGUAUACGAUUGACCUGCGAGUGAGAUUAUCCACACUUUUUAUCCUUAUCAGUAAUGCUGAGAAUGGGCUGUGUGAUCACCCGAAAUCCAAUUAGAAUAACAUUGUGAAAGGUUUUGGUGCGGCGUUUCUCCAAUUCAAUGUUCCUUCUUGAUUUGACGUACAAUUGUACUACUCGACAUUUUUUUUUGUAGAAAGUAAUUACAGUGAGUGUAUGUCUUCGAUCGGUCUUGUUGACAAAUGUGUAUUGUUCAUAUCCCCAUUUAUGCAUUGCUUGUGAGAACAAGAUGCAAACUUUGAAAAUGACUAGUGGAAUUUUGUGUACACCAAUCCACCCCCCCCCCCCCUUGAACAGCACAUCUUUAUUUCUAAUGUGUGUUGAUGUAUGAAAAUGGUGACUGCCUUUUAUUAUUACACCCCCCCCCCCUUCCCUCAAGUCUAGUCAGCAUGACGCUAGUUCUGGUACCAGUUCAAUUGAUUUAACACGGAAGCUAAAUGGUACAAAAUAUUUUUUUAUUGCCACAAUAGGAUAUGCUUAUGUUGAAGAACCUCUUUAUUUUCUUUGUUUGCAGCAUGUACAAAACCAGCAUUAUUAUUAGUUUUUUUAAUAAACGUGUCUAAUGUUGUACAGGACAGUUUUCUCUGAUAUAAUUUGAGCCGACAUACAUGUUUGAGAAUCAUUAUCUUUCUUUGUCUGUUAAAUGAUGAUGUUGAUUUAAGAGAAGAUAUGGUGUAUUGUAAUGUUUUUUGUCAUUUAAAGUUGACAAUUGAUAUGCUUUUUAUUUUUAAAUGAGAGAACAGGACAAGAUUGAAAUUGUAACCAUAAAUUGUCCCACUGCCGGUAUAUUUACUAAUCGAUAGCAAAUAUCAUUGAGCUGUAAAACCAUUCUACUGUAGUAGUAUACCUUUAACUUAGUUCCUUUCAUGACAAGAUGAAGAAUCAUUAUGUUGAUGUAAGCACUCUAUAGUUCCAUGUUGUCGACUGGAACUUGUUAAUCCCUGCAUAAAGUCUAUGAGAGUGAAGACAGUACCUUUUGAAUACUGGUAGUUACACAACGAUGUGUAAUCGAAUCCAAAUCGGUUUUCAAAUAGACAUAGAUAUAGUGCCACGAGUGAUCGUGAUCAUUUUAUAGAAACAUCUGUUCUUUCAUUUUAAAUAAAUAUUUUGAUAUUGUAUGGAACCUCCCAAUUUUGUAAGAUUCCAUACUUGAUUGAUUGUAGAAUUGUUUUAAGAAAUGUUAGCUUAGUACAUUGCAUUUAUGAAUGGCUGGUUAAACAAUGAAUAAAUUAUAUGGAAUACUUUGUGAUAAGGUAAGUUGAUAAACUGAAUAAUUAUUGUAAGGUUAAACUUAUAUUGACUAGUUAAUUUACUGAAGUCGUAUGUUUAAAUGAUUAUCUUAUAAAUACACUGUACUGCGGAAAUAUAUUAUCAUUACCACAUGUUACUAGGGAAAGUAAAUAAGAAAUUAUCAUAAAAAAUGCGUAGACAAUUCUUAGAGGUUUAUUAUAAGUUUAACUGAUCAGUAGUGAUUGUUUUAUGGUAGGUAUGUUGUCCAAAUUAUUGUAAAACCCAGAAAGAAAGGCUUCAAAAUUCAAUUUCAUUUUUGUACGCUUUACCAAACCAUCGUCAUGAUGAACAGGAGAGAUUAAAAAACGAUGUUUUGAUUCUAGAAAAAAAAAUCAUGAUUCUAUGAUUAUACUUUGAGGUUUGACCACGAGAGGCAGAACCCAAUUCUUGUUGGUUAAAAAUUUUUGAAUAUAGGUUGUAACCAUUGUAGGUUAAAUUCUUAAUCCGUUAAAAUCUAAUGUUAUAGUAGUAGAUCCUUGGAAUUUCUUACCAUUACCAUCUUUAUUAAAGAAUUCAGUAUGAAAUGUAUAGGUGGCCUUCCCUUUGAGGAAACAUUAUUGAUAUAAAGGAGCUUUCUCCUAAAUUGAUACAUAUACUCUUGUUUGUGCGUAAUAGUGGUUACGUGGUCCUGCUAUUAUGCAUAUUAUGUAGUCUGUCCCUGCACAAGGGAAGAGCAGAUAUUCAUAACAGUUCCGGUGAAGCAAUUUACACAUACCAAGCGGGAAUAUUUGUAGGUGAUUAUCAGAGGAACUGAUGCCAAGGCAUACAAUCCACCACCGUCAAAUUGAGAUAUCAAUUUGAAAUCGAGGUCGGCUCUUGUGAAGCGGUGGUUUUGUUGUUUUGCCGAGAGAGUUACAGGCUCAUUUCGAUGAACGUACACCCAUGCUUCGGGUCGUCGCGGAAAAGCGGCACCUUUACCCAGAUCACGAACAUUUCAUGGUGCGGUAUUCUCUAGAAACCAUAGCCUUGAAUCCAACCCAGGAGUUUGUGGAUGGAGGCUUGGCAUACGAGUCAUUCCCAUGAACACCCAUUGACCACUCAUCACCAUCAUCUCUCCCACACUCUACUACUAAAGGCUGAAGAGACAGAGAGAUAGAUAUUUAUUGAGCCAGAAUUCUGGCUUUGGGGGAAAAAAAUAUCACAAAAUCAGACAAUAGAGAGAAGCCCGUAGCUUCUCACCCAGUUACAAACUGGAAACCAAGUUGAACCAAUCAUAUCCUACCUCAACAGCGGUAGGACGCAUUGACCACGCCCAUUUAAUGUGGCUGUAUGAAGGGAGUGCCCUCAUUGGUCAUUGCUAUAUAACUUUUGUAAAUCCGUGGAUGAAAUUCUGUGACACCUAUUUCUUUUAUGUAUAUGUCUUUGUUGGAAAAAUAAUAAGAUACUGCCGUUUGAAGGUGUCCCAGAGAUGACUUUGUCACUUUGCACUAGAUGUUACAAAUAAAUGGUGAAACUCAUCGUAUACUCGAACUUCGGUAUGUAACGCAUGGGUUGGUCCAUUAAAGUGUCACAAAGUUUCCUCCCGCAUUGUAAAUAUGUUGUAAUAUAAAUUUACAAUGUAAUGAUGACUAUCCAAUUGCUUUUGAUUAAUUUGUAUUUAUGUGUUCAAACAAUAUAAAAAAAAUCAUUUAUGUUUGCUCAGAUAUGUGUCCCCCAAUCAUCCAGUUAUUUGCUAGGAAAAGAAAUGAUAAGAUGUAAGAAUGUAGAGUAGAAUAGACUUGUGUAGCAGUGUCAUAUGUUCGUUGAUGCAUACCGAUGCCAUCACCCUCACUGUAAAGUAGUGUAUAGAUCAAUUGUGGACAUUUCAUUAUUUUUGCAUCUUAAAUAUCUCACAGAGCAUCCUGGGGACCGUUUCUUUCUCCGACAGUUACCAUAGUAACAGUCAGUGGCUGCUUCUUAGCCAAUUUAAAAGCAAGGAUUUCACUGAAAUAGUCAGCACUCACAAUUAAGUUAUUGCUGACAAAUUUCAUGAAACACCCCCCAGGAGACCGUAACACAAAGCUUAGCAAUGAUCGUAGAACAAAUUUGCAAAAAUCUAGCGUUAUGCCUUGUGUUACGGAGCCCUGGACUCUGAAAUGUAUUUUUGUGGCUAUUAGACAUUGCCCUUAAACACAAUAUUAGUACAUAGGCAAGGAUUUUACCCAUUCUGCCUCCCGCAGGUAUGUUCAAAUAACCAUCACAAUGAUAAUUCAGUUUAGUUUGAUAGAUUUCACAAUUAGCGGUGCCACCUUAAAUAACAUAGGUCAUGUUUAAAGAUCAACGUUUCCAACCCUACAGCGCCGUCUAUAUCGAGGCGCACUAUUUUCAUUACCCCGAGCUGCCUUCCACUGCUCUGUGCAUUCAAGGAAUUUAUCAUUAAUCUUGUCGGGUACCCAUAACCUCAACAAUGGGUAAAUUUCUUGCUGAAGGAAAACACGCCAUGGCUGGGAUUCAAACCCCAAAAUCCAAAAAUUAUUCAAAUUAUCCAUCACGUAAAUUAAAUGAAUGACCAAUUGUGUCUGUAGAGGGCGCUGUUGAUUGUGAUUCAGUUUAUUAAUUAACCUAUGAUCGUGGCGGGGCUGAUAAAAUUUUGUAUCUCAAAAUUUAAUAUUUUGACGACGGCUCAGAAUAACCUAAAUUUUAGAGUUAUAUAACUUGGGUAGCAAUCUUUUGUCUUCAGAUAAUUGAGAAUUUAAAUAUAGCGUUUUCUAAGUUUCCCUAAAAAAAUAUGAAGUCUUAUCAGCCCAGUCAUUUCUUUAUGUAUUUCUGAAUUCGUUUCUUUAUGUAUUUGUGAAUUUAAAUAGGAUUUCAACGUGCAGUGUAUAAAGACUGUACUUGUUACAAUAUCCGAAAGACAGAAAUUGUUCCCCUUUUGGUAUUAAACGGCAAGUUUGUCAAGAGUGUUUAUAUAAAGGUCCAUAUAUAAACUCGCAAUAAAAAUGUUAGUUUUCCAGUUUAGCUUAAAAUCUAUAUUUGUGUAUUACUUAGUGCAGAAAAGUUCCAUGCAUCUUUCGAAAUUUUAGCCCAACUUGAAAGAUGUUAUACACAAUGUACCUUGCAGAGAUUUAGUUGGUUAGUUCUCGUUUUCCUUUAACAGUCCCAGUAUUGUUACGCUUGUAGAAGAGUAGCAGAAAUGAAGUUCACUUGUGAUGUAUCUUGUAUAUUAGGUAACUUAGUGAAGCUGUUUAAACAUUCACGAAAGCAAGUAACAAUAAUGAAUUAAUCGCAGUAUAGCUCAUCCCCACAAAGUGUACUCAAAUACCCAUGAUACUUUUUAAUCAUUUGAUAUCCCCAUCAACAACACGUGGAAACAGAUAAAAUGGGGAAUGUUAUCACUAUGUACUUCUGAAUAUUAAUGUGUGGAUUGUGAAUAGUUUAAACUCAUGUAAGAAUGAUCAUAUAUUUGCUCCUUAGCUCCUGUGUAAACUAUAUAAAAAACAAUGUGUGUUUAUAAACGCUAUAAACUUUGCUUGCUAGAUGUUUUAGAUCGUGUGAUUUAGUCGUUGGACCCUAAGAACCUUUGUGUAAAGUUAAGCACCACUCAAGAAUGGGAAGGUAGGUGUUGCAACAAUGAAGUAGGAUACCUCCAGAAAUGAAGGAUUGUAAUGGUUUACCUGUCAACCCCAAAAGCCAAGUAAGAACUUUGUUGUUGGAAAUUCUAAGAAAUUGAAAAAUUCAUAAACACUACUACAGUAAAGGGGAUUGUACAUGAUCAUGUUAGAGAUCAUAUUAACAGAAAAUAUGACCACCUGGUUUGACAAUGCUUGAUAGUUACUGAAGGGAUUUUUCCAAGGUUGGCAAUGAAUAUUGAAUUCCUUUCCUCUCUCUCAUGCAUAUUUUCUUUCUGUUUAUCUCUUCUCAUUCUGUUCCCAAAGUAACUGUGUGAGCUACAUAUUGUUACCUUGAAUGAACACCAAGUAAAUGCUAGUCAUGUUAAUGUUGGAUCCUUGCAUUGAAAAUAAUGUGCACACUCAGUGUUGCGCAAUGUAGUAUGUGUAUGUCACGCAUAAAACGUAUGACCAAAGUUGAACAUUCUUUCUAUUGUCUUUAAACAGAGACUAGUCUUGAAAGGAUAGAAUUUUAAUCUGGAACAACCUUGAAAUAUGUAAAAGUCUAUAUUGUACUUUGUGAUAUAUGGUCCAAGUACGCAUAAUUAUGUUAAUGUAAGCAAAAGUGUAUAAUUUCAAAUCCCAAAUACAAUGGAAAAGUCUGCUUAAGGGCAGUAGGAAGGAAAGGUCGUCGAUUAUUCUUGAGCAGAGUCAAAGAAAUUGUCAUAGUUGUAGGUUUUUAUAUUGGUGAAUCAGUUUUGUAGAACGCCUUUUAAUUUACACGCUUAAUUUCUGUCCAAACUAUUUCCUACAAUCUCGCAUUGCAGAUUUUUUUUUUUCCUCCCUUUUCUUUGUAACUAAUUGUAGCAUGUGAAUGUUGCAAAAAUAAAGCUUUGUUUAGAACAAAGUAACACAA